CCUCGUCUUAUAGCCCUCUUGCCUCUCUCUUGACGGCCACGACCACCCACGACGUCUUGCACGACCUCCCACUCUCUCCUCUCGUCCACAACGUCUUCUCGGCGGGCUCCAGGCGGCCCGUGAACGCUAGACAAACGUCCGAGACACGACUCCCGUCACGCCUACAUCAUGAGAUUCCAUCCGUUCGAAGUAUCCAUCCCCCACAUCGCCUAUGCGGCGCUGGGUGGAUUUGUAGUAUUGUUCGGCAUGUUCUCGCUUUUCAUUCGUGAGAAGCUCUACAUCGGAGAAGCUAUCUGGGCUUUUCUCUUCGGAGUGGUCAUAGGACCAUACGGCGCCAACAUUUUCGACCCCCGGGGAUGGGGAGGAGGCGACCGAGAAGUCACCAAUACUAUCACGCUUGAGGUCACUCGUGUCGUGCUCGCCAUCGGAGUGUUCGCCAUCGGAGUUGAACUACCCAAAACGUACAUGAAGAAGCACUGGAAAAGUUUACUCUUUUUGCUUGGCCCCGUCAUGACUUGGGGUUGGUUCGUAUCCGGUGCAUUGAUAUAUGCGCUCAUCCCUGGACUCAACUUCCUAUCAUCUUUGGCGGUCGCGGCGUGCCUCACCCCAACAGAUCCUAUCCUCGCGGCAGCCGUGGUCGGCGGAAAGUACGCAGACAAGCAUGUUCCGGCGCAUCUACGACACCUCCUCGCAGCAGAGAGCGGAUGCAACGACGGAGCCGCAUUCCCUUUCCUCUUCCUCGCCCUUUACCUGAUCAUCGACACUUCCACCGGUCGGGCAGUCUCCGACUGGUUCGUGCUCCUUUGGCUAUACCAGGUAGUCGUCGGCACCAUCUUCGGCGCAUUGAUCGGAUUCGGCUUCCGACACCUCAUGAAGUUCUGCGAGCGCAAAGACCUCAUCGACCGACAGUCAUACGUUGCGCAAUAUGUCUCUCUUGCCAUACUCACCAUCGGCACUACGACUCUCCUCGGCUCAGACGACCUACUCGCUGCAUUCUCGUGCGGAACCGCGUUUGCUUGGGACGGUUUCUUCAAUAAACAAACAGAGGAGGCCGUAUUCUCAUCCGUGAUCGAUUUGCUCUUCAACAUCGCCGCCUUCGUCUUCGUCGGCGCGUGGAUGCCGUUCAGCGACUUUGCAAACCCGAACUUGACACUGUCGGUAUGGCGCCUAAUAGUCGUCGGAAUCCUCGUGAUGGUCCUCCGGCGGCUCCCCGUGGUCAUUGCGCUAUACAGGUGGAUCCCGGACAUUAAAACCUUCCGCGAGGCCAUCUUCAGCGGCCAUUUCGGUCCCAUGGGCAUCGGCGCCAUUUUCAUCUCCACACUCGCCGCCGAGCAGCUCCCCACCCCGCACGACCCGCCCGAGGGCCAGCAGGAGCUCCUCGCGGCGUCCAUCCAGCCCAUCGUCGCGUUCAUGGUGCUGUGCUCCAUCGCGGUGCACGGCCUCUCGAUCCCGUUCUUUACCUUCGGACGGCGCGUGCACUCUGUCUCCCGCACCUGGUCGCGCCACGACACGAUCGGGACGGGCACGUUCGGCUCGCGCCGCAACACCGCGACGCGCACGAUCCUUCCCGAGUGGACGACGCAGAUCCGCCACGUGCAGCCGGGCGAGGAGAUCGUGAUCAACCGCGACCGCCUCGGCGGCGCCGGGCAGGAGCGCGAGGAGAGCCUUACGCCCGUCGCCGGCACGUCGUCCGAGGAGGAGAAGCAGCCGGAGACGCCGCGCGAGGCGGCGGAGAAGGCGGAGGACCCGCCCGACGGCACGGAGACGUACCAGGAAUGGCGCGAGGGCCCCCACAAGGUGGUAGAGCGGCGCGCGGGCCCUGGCGAGGAGGUGGAAGUCGAGGUUCAGCGGAACGCGUACGGCCCCCACGAGACGACGACACACAGAGUACGGGUAGCGGAGGACGCGUCGGCAACGGUCAUUGGCGAAAUCCGCGACAGAAUCAGACACGCACCCCAGGACGUGGCAGACAUCCUCGACCUGGCCGAACAGAGCGUCAGGCGUGAAGCCCACGAAAUGGGUGAACGGACGAGGGAAGCCGGCCACGCCGCAAUGCUCGCACUCAGCCCACAGUCGUCACCACAGAAGCGGGAGAAAAACAGCGACCGCGCGCCACGAGAAGGAAAUGGCGCGGGCAGCGAAGACGAGGGGUGGAUGUCCGACCAGAGCGGGGGCACACCGUCGGGCGCGACGACGGGUAAGGCCCGCUCAAAGUCCCCGAAAAUCAAGAUCCCGAAGCCAAAGAUUGCCACGUCGCGCCCAGUGGGCAGCAGCUCGCGAAAACGCACGUCCAUCCGCCGCGGUCUACUCGGACAACGACCACAAGUAAUUCAGCGCUCGCAGAGCGAAGACCUCGACGCGCGGCGCUCGACCGUGCCUGAAGCCGAGGGUGAAGGCGAGGAGUCCACCUCGGGCUCGGGCGCGCACACCCCGGACGAGGGCCGCGGACGAAGUUCUGGGCAGCGGCCGCCACCAGGCCCGCGCCACGGCUCGGGCGCGCACACACCACGACACAUGCGCAUCGACUCGAUCAAGUCUGCGACGCAGAGCAGGGAGAUGUCGCCCGCGCGCUCCGUGCGGUUCGCGGACGAGCAGCAUGACCGCAGUGGGCAUGUCACGCCAAAGAUCACGUCACCAACAAACCCGUCAUCGCCCGCGGAGACGGAGGCGGAGGGUGGCGAGCAGGAGGACGAUUCGCCUCGGAGCCAGGUGCGGUUCAGCCUGCCGACGGGGCACGAGGAGCGCCAGUCGUGAUGAGGGAGUCGUAGAUGCGCGUCGCUUGGAGUUCGGGCGUGUUGUGUACAUAGACGGACGAUGCCACGGCCGCAUGCUGGGAUCGCGGACGUUGUAGAAUAUCACCAGGGGCCGUCCCUGUCUAAUGCCUCUCUUGCCUUUGUAGCAUCUUCGCCGUUUCUUUCUGUUUCAUUCUUACUCUCUCCGUCUUCUCGUCUUGUCUUGCCUCGUCCAGUAGCUAGUCGGUUCCGUCUCGCUUUCCCAGAUUCAACUCGUCCUGCACGUCUUCUCGCGACUCCCUGCACGUUCCCGGUACCGGUGUAUCCUCUACAUAGUUUACGCUCGCAUCUGCAUCCGUCCCCCAUGCAUCCGCACAUUCAUCUAUCCACUUUCAGGCAUCAUACGCAUCGUAUCGCAAUAUAUCACUAUCUAUCCUGCAAAGUCGCGACGCUGUCGCCAGAGUCUCCUUAGGCCUCAGCUUGCCAAAUACAUCCUCGGGAUCCCACUGAGCAUCGAGCGGGAACACACGCUCAGCUCGCCGCUACAUGGUACAUCCAGGCACCAAGCCUCCCUAGUACUAUUGCGCCGCCAUCACCGUCUGACGCCGCCACGAACAUCCACGAUUUACGCCUGCUUGACCUUGUGAGACCCCACCGCCUUGGCAGGUGCGCGCCCCGCGUCCGCCUCCAGGUGGCGUAAAUCCAACCCGAGCCGCCCAAGCACCCCGCGGAGGAGCGCCAAGAAGGCGCAGACGAGCGCGCCGAGCACGCGCGGUGCGCCGCUCGCCUCGAACGCCGCAAAUGCGCGCGCGAGCCACACGACGCUCGCGCUCGGGCGACGGUCUGCGUCUGCGAUUUUGAACGGGAGCGAGGAGGGCGCAGAGGAAGGGAGGAGCGCCGCGGCGGCGCGGAGCCCGGACGUGAACCCGUCCUCGUGGAAGCCGUAUUUGAGCCAGGCGCCGGCGUAGGAGAGCCCGCGCGUGCGCUGGAUGGCGGGCACUUCGGAUUGGGCGCGGAUGGCCUCGAGACUGAGGAUGGGAUGGUCGUACUGGUAGCGGCCCAUUGUGAGCUCGGGCGCGGGGUCGAAGGAUGGGUUGAGC